AUGUUAUGGGAUUCGAAAGAUCCAGAUCAUUUAAAUAAAAGCAAGCGAGAACAUUGCUGGAGGAAGAUCUCCAAGGAAAUGAAGUUACCUAUACCCGAGUUGAGAAAGUUACUUGACUCAUUGAUGGGUUCAUACCGACGCGAAAAGUCAAAGCAGAGAAAAAGUAAUAUCACUGAUUCAGGACCAUCACAACAACCGACGCCAUCGCCACAACAACCCGAGCCAUAUCCACAAGAACCCACGCCAUCCCCACAAGAACCCACGCCAUCCCCACAAGAACCCACGCCAUCCCCACAAGAACCCACGCCAUCGCUACAAGAACCAUCGCCAUCGCCACAACAACCAUUGCCAUUGCCACAACCAUCGCGAAAGAAAAAACGGCUGAAUACGAAUGCACAAAAUGAUUCUCUUGACAAUAUAUUGAAGGACACUUGCCAUAAUUGA